AUGAAGGGGAGGGGGGCCGGUCGAAGACAGGCCCGUGCUGCCGCGUCAAUGCCGUCUGGCGAGCAGCUCAACGGCAACGACGACGAUGAUGACGAUGGCACCACCGACCAGUUCUUCUCGGCUGCCGAGGAGGGUGUCCAGGCAGGCCCCGCGACCGACGACGCGGUGGCCACCACGGAGGCGGAGACGGAGACGGACCUCUCAGGAUCAGAACAGGAAGAGGAGCUUUCGGACGAUUCGAUGGACGAGGUGAUCUCGUUGGAGGUCCCGACGCUGCCGACGACGACCUCGAUGAAUUCUUUAGGUCCAGGGACGCCAAUGACGGCUGGAACGCUACGCGGCAGGAAGACCAAUGGCUUUGCCACUCCCGGCUCCGUCUUUUCCAACUUUACGUCCACCACUGCUCGUCCCGACCGAGCUCGCGGGAGGCUAUUCAAGGUGCACGGCCUGAAGCGGCAAAUCCCUUCUGACCUAUUACAUCCCAAGCCAUCCCCCGAGGAUGACGAAGAGGCCCGGAUCUAUGUUGAUGUGGCCUCGCUCUCCAAAAUCGGAUGCUUUUCCGGAGACUGGGUCCGGAUUGAGGCUGCUCAAGAGCCCCCCCUGAAUGGAUUCGGCGCGUUUGGGCUCGGCAGCUUCAACCACCCAGACCUGGAAGUCUCCAACUGGCGGCCAGUCCGUGUAUACGGCCUGCCCGAGGGCUACUCUCAGCGCCCCGUUACUCGGAUUCCGAGCUCGAAGCUGGGUGACCGCCGGCCCUCAUUCUUCGAGUCGCAGGUCCAGCGAUCGACUAGCCCAGCCGCCUAUGCUUCACCAAUCUUGAUUGCCAACAUUGAUGGAGCCACGCACCUGCGCAUAUCGCCGCUCAAGAAGUCUUCCUAUCAGGGCAAGGGGACGCUGCCCAAAUUUGCAAGCGCUUCGCAGCCUCCGUACGCGAAAGACAUUGCCAUCCACCACAUCAGGACCCCCGUUUCUGCCGAAAGAGCAUACCAAACGGCCGUCUUGGGCGGACUGAAGCGCUACUUUGCGCAUAAGCUGCGCCUCGUCCGCCAGGGUGAUCUGAUUGCCGUGCCGGUAGACGCCCAGCUGGGCCGUGCCCUGCAGGAGGCUCCCGGCGCAGGCGGUUCGGAGGUGGACGACGUAGUGGCACUGCAGUCUGGCGGGGAGAGCCAGUCGCAUUUCGACAGCGUGGCCUGGUUCAAAGUUGGGCAUAUCCAGGUACAAAAGUCUGACGAGGAUGAGGACGGGACGGGCGAGUCCCUCUGGGGAUCUGUCGCGUGCAUCGACAGCACAACGGUCGCCAUGCACGGGUCAGGGUUUGAAACAAGCCGGAUACCGGGCACCAAGGACAGCACAUGGCCGUACUAUCUGGGCCUGAAGAAGACGCCGCAACGGUCACCCGACGGCGGCCCUCCGCAGUUGGCGGAUCGCGACCACCAGCACGUUCCGCCCCUGAGGCGCCAGCUGCGAGAGCUCCUGGCUGCCGCGACGAGUCUGCGGGCUAUCCACCUGAAAAUGCCGCCCGUCGCCAUCCUGCUCACGUCGACGCAUCGCAACAUUGGAAAGGCGACCAUGGCCAAGGAUGCCUGUAGCGACAUUGGAUUACACACAUUCGCCAUUGACGCCUAUGAUAUCAUCAGCGAGGGCGGAGGCAGCGGGAGCGAUGUCAAGACGGAGGGCUUCCUGAGGACGCGUGCGGAACGAGCCAUUAGCUGCGGCCCGGACUGCUGCGCUCUCCUCAUCCAGCACAUCGAGGCGCUGACGGCGGAUCGGAUAGAGGCCUCGAUCAAAGAGAUUCUCGAGGAUGUCCGCGUCCUCAUUGCCACGACCAACGAGGUUGACAAGGUCCCUGAUGGCGUACGCGCGCUCUUCACGCACGAGCUGGAAAUGGGCGCCCCUGACGAGGCCGAGCGAGAGGCCAUCCUGAGGACCGUCAUUGAAGACCGCGGCGUAUCUCUGGAGCCGGCCAUUGAACUCAAUGCCAUUGCCCUCAAGACGGCCGCGCUGGUUGCCGGCGACCUGCUCGACGUUGUGGAGCGUGCCUCGGUCGCCCAGCGAGCCCGGCUCGAGCUGCUCUCUGCCAAGUCCGGCCGCGGAAGCAUGCCGGUGACGGUGCGCGACGUGCAGGUUGCAGGCGGCUCGGCAGCCCGAUGCCUGACGGCAGCCGACUUUGACGUUGCCGUUGAAGCCGCGCGCAAGAACUUUUCCGAUUCCAUCGGCGCCCCCAAGAUUCCCAACGUCACAUGGGACGACGUCGGCGGCCUGAGCAACGUCAAGGAGGCCAUCACGGAGACGAUCCAGCUGCCGCUGGAGCGGCCCGAGCUGUUUGCCAAGGGCAUGAAGAAGCGAUCCGGCAUUCUCUUCUACGGCCCUCCGGGUACGGGAAAGACGCUGCUCGCCAAGGCCAUUGCCACCGAGUACAGCCUCAACUUCUUCAGCGUCAAGGGUCCCGAAUUGCUCAACAUGUACAUUGGUGAAUCAGAAGCCAACGUGCGGCGCGUCUUCCAGCGAGCCCGGGACGCGCGGCCCUGCGUCGUCUUCUUUGACGAGCUGGAUUCCGUGGCGCCGAAGCGAGGCAACCAGGGCGACUCGGGCGGCGUCAUGGACCGCAUUGUGUCGCAGCUGUUGGCGGAGCUGGACGGCAUGUCGGGCGGCGACGAUGCGGGAGGCGUGUUUGUGAUUGGAGCCACCAACAGGCCUGAUUUGCUGGAUCCCGCGCUGCUGCGUCCUGGUCGAUUCGACAAGAUGCUGUAUCUCGGAGUGUCCGACACGCAUGAGAAGCAGCAAACCAUUUUGGAGGCUCUCACCCGAAAAUUCACCCUCCACCCCUCCGUCUCGCUCGCGUCCGUCUCCCAGCGGCUGCCCUUCACCUACACGGGCGCCGACUUCUACGCGCUCUGCAGCGACGCGAUGCUCAAGGCCGUGACGCGCCAGGCGGCCGCCGUAGACGCCAAGGUGCGCGCCCUCAACGCCGACCCGGCGACCAAGCACGAGGUCUCGACGGCAUACUUCUUCGACCACUACGCCACGGCCGCGGACAUUGCCGUCAUGGUGCGCGAGGAGGACUUUAUCGCCGCGCACGAGGAGCUGAUUCCCAGCGUGAGCGCGGGCGAGCUGGCGCACUAUGAGAGGGUGAGGGCGCAAUUUGAGGGCGGCAACGAUAAGAAGAAGAAGCAGCAGCAGGAUGACGAGAAGAGGAGGGGUUCUUUGGCAGGGAAGGGGAAGGGCAAGGGCAAAGCUGUUGCGGUGAGCAGUGAUGAGGAGAAGGUGAAUGGGAAGGGGAAGGGGAAGGCGGUGAUGGGGUUCCAGGAUGGGACGGCGAGUGAUGAUGAGGAUUUAUAUUGA